CGCCGGGCGUCCCCGCCGCUCCCCCGGCCGGGCCAAACCCACCCAAACCCCUCCCCUGUCUGCAGCAAGUGGCAGCGGGAGAAGGGCGGUGGCGCCAUCACGUGAGAGCCCUGCCUGCUGCUCGGCUCCCCGCGCAGCCUCGCCGCCGCCGACCCCCGGCUCCGUCCCGAGCCUCGCCGCCGCCGCCGCCGCCGCCUCGCCUCGCCCCGCGCUCCCAUGCCCAGCAGCGAGGCGGUGCCGCUGGGGCUGAGCGCCUGCCGCAGGUCGGGGGCGCUGGCCGGGAUGCUGGCGCUGGUGGCGCGGCUGCUGGAGUGGCUGCGCUCGCUGUUCUGGAAGGAGGAGAUGGAGCUCACCCUGGUGGGGCUGCAGUACUCGGGCAAGACCACGCUGCUCACCGUGCUGGCGUCAGGGCAGUUCACAGAAGAUAUGAUUCCUACAGUAGGCUUCAAUAUGAGAAAAAUAACAAAAGGAAAUGUUACCAUAAAGGUAUGGGACAUUGGAGGGCAGCCAAGGUUUCGAAGCAUGUGGGAGCGUUAUUGCAGAGGAGUCAAUGCAGUUGUUUACAUGGUGGAUGCAGCAGACUUAGAAAAAGUAGAAGCUUCAAAGAAUGAGCUACACAGUUUGAUAGAUAAACCACAAUUGCAUGGAAUUCCAGUGUUAGUCCUUGGAAAUAAAAGAGACCUCCCAGGUGCACUGGAUGAAAAGCAGUUAAUUGAGAAAUUACAUAACAUUACAGUGGCUCAUUCAGCACUCCAAAUCAAGACACUGUUGAAGAAAACUUUUGCUGAAGAUAAUUCUUUCCCAAUCACUUUGACUCCUAUCAGCUAUACACAACUGAAAAGAUGAAGAAUGCAACUGCAUACUACCAGGACUCACUUUGAUUGUAUUUGUUAACAGAAGUAAAACUGAGUUAUAGCUUGUCUCUCUAUCUUGGUUCUUUUUUUAAAAAUCCAGAUACUUGUCUGCUUAGGUGAAAUUCCUGAACGCCUUAAUACAAGACUGAAAGAAGUCAAUACUUUUUGGGGCUGAAAUGUUUGAGUUUAUGCAUGUGAAUUGUCAAAUACUCAGUAAUUUUUUUCUAAUGUGAAACUGAAUAAACUGCACAGUGGAAACAGA